UUAAUAUAGACCGUUUCUUUCCAUCGUCUAACGUUAGGAUACCUCGUAACCUUAGAGUAGGGAUGAGAACACAGAAUCAAACGUGUUAGGCACCUGACUUGCACCAGAUAGCAAAAAUGGCAUCUGUGAAUGAUGGAACUCCCGGACGAUCUAAAAAGAAACUCCAAGAUUUGUUAGUGAAGGAGCUGAGAAGUGAACUUGAUGGACGUGGCCUCGAUAAGGCAGGCGUGAAGAAUGUCUUAGUUCAGCGUUUGCAGCAGGCUUUAGAAGAUGAUGGGAUAGAUAGUGAUGAUUAUUUUUUCGAAGUGACAGUUUCUGCUUCGCCAAUUUCAAAACCUGGACCAUUGAGCAGCAAAAAGUCUACAAGAGUCAUGCUGGCAAAGGAGGAAGAUGAAGAGGAAGAAGCUGAAGUUGAGAACACAGAAGAACAAGAGGAAGAUGAGCCUAUGGAGGCUUUAGCGAUAGUUGAGGAUGCUAUCAAUCUCACAGUCGAGGAAGAAGACAAGUUACUCAAUGAAGAGGAUUUAAAUGAACUGGAUGCAAUGAAAGAAGCAUUGGAGAAACAAGAGUUGCCAGCCCAAGUUUCUACAGAUGCAGAAACUGAACCAGUUGAGCAACAGCAGCAGGAGCAGGAAAAGGAGGAGGAGGAGGAGGAGGAGGAGGAGGAGGAGGAGAUGAAGGAGGCAGAAGAAGAACCCAAGUCUGAGAAGGAGCAGGAGGAAGAGAUGGUGGAAGAGGAGGACAUAACAAUUACUGCCGAUGGAGAUGGAGAAGCAGAAGCAGCGGUCGAAGACACCCUCUCCGACAAACAGGACGACAACAAACCUGAGGGCAACGAGGAUGCCUCCCUGGAUGUACACGUUACGGAGAGUGAUGAACUCGACACCGACCUCCUCACCACUGAGGUGGAGAAGAUGGAGGAGGUUGCUGAGGAGAAGCCUGCAGCCGAGCAGAAGGAGAAGGAGGAGGAGGAGGCAGAUGAGCAGCCUAAGCAGGCUGAGGACUCUUCCGAUGCUGGGCAGAAAGAGGAGUGUCCGUCUGACCAGCCAGCUUCUGUUGCCGAAGCUGCAGAGGAAAAGAAAGAUGACGAAGGUGUAAAAGAAGCAGCAAAAAGUGAAGUGGAAGAGAAAAGAAAGAGCACACCUACCAAAGACAGCAAACCGGCUGUUGCUAAGGAAACGAAGCCAGCUGCAAAAGACGAAACGGAUCACAAACACAGUGUUGCUAGCAGUAGCCUGUCAUCAGGUAGAAACCUGUGGGUGAGUGGUCUGUCUUCCUCCACACGAGCUACAGACCUGAAGGCUGUCUUCAGCAAGCAUGGCAAGGUGAUCGGUGCUAAGGUGGUAACGAGCGCUCGCACACCUGGUGCACGUUGCUAUGGUUUCGUCACAAUGGCCACCCACGAAGAGGCAACCAAGUGCAUACAGCAUCUACACAGGACAGAGCUGCAUGGUCGCAUGAUCAGCGUAGAGCGCGCGAAGAACGAUCCUGCACCUCCUGGUAAGAAGGCAGUGCUUGGCAAGACGAUAAGCACCAUUCAUGUUAAGAAGCCAGUCGACAAAAAAGACGUGGCUGUGGAAAAGAAAGGAUCUGAAGUGAAGAACGUUGAGGUGAAGAAGGAAAACGAUAACAACAAGAAAACUCCUGAGAAGAGAGAUGAGAAGAAACAAGUGAAAAUAGAAAAGAAAGAUGUAAAGAUAGAACCUGGCACAGAGGACAAAAACAAGGACAGUUCCAAGUCUGAGAAUGACAAAACAUCAGGCGAAGAGAAAGACAAAAACCCAGAGGAUGUCAACAAGAGUGCAGAGGAAAAGGAAGCAGAGCGCAAGGCAAGAGAGGAACGAGAUCGCCGAAAGGUACUCACUCUUAAGAAAAUACAGGAGCAACGGCAGCGAGAGAGAGAACGAGAUCGAGAGAGAAUGCAGAGGCAGAGGGAGAGAUGUGCAGAAUUUGAGGCAGAGAAGGAGAGAAGGAGACUCCUCGAUAUUGAGAGAAGGAAUAGAGAGGAAGCCCGACGUCUACACGAAGAAAGAGACAGACUCAGGUUUGAGAGGGAGAGGCUAGAAAGAGAGAAAGCAGAGGCUGAGCGACUUGAGAGAGAGCGCAUUCGUCUUGAGAGAGAACGUCGGGAGAGAGAGCGGCUUGAGAGGGAGAGCCAGAGAGAAGCAGACCAGCGACGCAUGGAUAAUUUCAGACGACAAGGCCCUUACAAGCCAAUGAAUGGGUCGCGUCCAUUCGAUUCCAGCCCAGUAGGUGGAAGGUUCGAUGAUCAGCGGCGUCCAACCAAGAGUUCCUUCGACACGCGACACAGUGACAUCUCAAUAGAUGAUCGCAAGCGGAGCCAUGGAGCCCAUGUAGACCAGCGCUUCGGAGGUGGGCCAGAGGGCAACAGGUUUCAUGACUUGAACCGCGACCGUGACCGCGGGGGGCCGGGCAGCAACACGAUUGACCGCCGCGUCGUGGAGAGGUACGAGCGACGGGACGUGAAGCCUUCCGACGGCCGCUUCGAGGCCCGGCGGGCAGAACGGGAAGGCAAUCAACGUGAGGUGAUUCGACCCCCGAGGGAGGCCCCCACCGGGGAUCGUGACGACCGACGCGUUGACAGGCGUUCCGGUAGUGACAGAUUUGAACGAUCCAAAGAUUCAGACACACGGCACCAGCGUGACAGAAUAAACGACCGACCGAGUGACCGACCGAGCGACAGGGAAAAGAGAACAGUCUCCCGACCAGGGCCACACAGAUCCUCUGCUGACAAACGCGUAGUAUCCGCGCCUAGUCGCGACGGUCCACCACCAGGCAAGGUGAGCCGGCGCGAGGACACGGGCCGGUCAAGCAGUGACCGGCGACGGGAGAGUGAGCGCAGUGACCGCCCACGCGGACCAUCUGACCGCGGUGACCGCGAGGACUCGCGUAGGGAGUGGAAGUCUGAGCGUGCGCACAUGCAGGGAGAUCGACGUUCUGAGAGGUCUGGUCCUGGGCCCUCACGCUCCAACUUUGAUUCACGUUAUGAAUCACGCAACCAAACGCAAUUCAGCGAUAACCGCAACAAGAGUUAUGGUGGAGGCCCAGAGGGUGGGGGAGGACCCGUGAUGAGUAGUGGUCCUACACAGGGCAGAGACCAGUUCAAUAAUUCCCAAGGACCCAGUCCACAGGGUGGACGCUGGCCAGAUAGAGGGCCUGCUCCUAUGGCAGUCAAUCAGCCCCAGAUGAUGGGUCCUCCUGCAGGAAACAUAUACAUAAAUCCUCAGGGUGGGCCACCUGGCAUUGUCACACCAAUGGGUGGCUUUAUUAGUAACAUAGCUCCUGUUUUCACUGACACACGUGGGAGAGGUCCUGACAUCUAUGAUGCUUACAAGAAUUUAAAUACUGGUCGCAGGUUCUAGUUUUUUAGAGGUAUGUGCAAGUAGAGAUUUAAAACGGAAUCAAGAAGAUUUUUUAUCAUGUUCACCGUUUGUUUUUCCAGUUCAACAAUCAUAGUCUCAUGGGAAUUUUACUAAACUCUGCUUAGCUAUCCUUUCAUGGAUGAUACAAAGAAUACAUAAUAGAGAAGAGUAUGACACCAUUUUAACAGAGUUUUGCAUAGUUUUCAACUUGUAAAUAUUCUAUCA